CCUCUGGAGAAUGGGCGUGGCCUCUGCACAGGUAAGGUCCCCUGCCACCUGAUGCUCCAGCAGAGCGUUGAGGUCGGUCCAGGGCAACUGUUGGGAUUGCUCGCUUGGCUUCCGUGCCUGCCAGCCUCCCUCUCUCUCUCUUGCCAGCCCCAUGAUGCACUCCCAGCUGCCAGUCCCCUUCCUUUUCUGCGCCCUCCUGAUGCUGCCCCUGGGGAUGCCCAAGUGUCUUUCCGACGUGCCCGUCACAGAUGCGGGGAUGCAGACAGCCCUGGCCUUUGCCGUGGAGCAGUACAACAAGGAUCAGGAUGACAGUGCCAACUAUUUUAAGAAGCUGUGCCUUCUGAAGGCAAAAUCACAGGUGGUUACUGGGGUCGAAUACCAUCUUACUGUGAGGAUGGUGAAAACAGCAUGUAAAAAGAGGACCAGUAAGACAAUGACAUUUAAGGAGAUCCAGCAAUGUAAGGAACCUCUAGGGCAGUGA